AUGACAGUCGAGGCACGUCCAUCUCGCAACGUACCGCCAUCGGAAGAUCGCGAACGAAUUCGGGCGUGUUCCAUCGCUCUCUCUUCAGGAUCGCAGCUUCUCGGCAACCUCCAAUGGUCAGCUCUCGGACAGGCUCUGGUGGUCACAGACGAUGCUCUCAUCAUCUUAUCCCCGUUGACCGGUCUGCAUAUCGAUCUCGCCAAACAAGCCCGUGUUCAAGAUGUCGAGUAUCAUCCAGACUGGAAGGAUGGCUUCCCUCACUCGGUCGCCCAGAUCAACAUCAAAACGUUGCUUGACAACGAGCACUCCGAACGAAGUCGCGUCAUCCUCGAGUCGGACCAUUCCGCUGUCGAUGCGCGCUUUCAGAGCGCCAGGUGGGCUUCGGCGAGCUGGUCCAACCCAGGCAUGGGGCCGCACGGAAGCUGCCUGAUACUGGCCACCACCUCCGAGUUGGACCUCUUCGUUCUCGGUGCACCCCUCAAUACUUGGACAGGCGACUGGAAGCUGUUCCACGCUCUCGAUCUUGGGCCGGCCGCCGACUUGACGCAGCUCGAUGUUCCACAAUCUGCCCAGAAUGACUGUGCAGGAAAGCAGGUCUUUUCUCAACCACGCGCGCUGCUAAGGAGGAAGCAAUUGGCGAAAGAGGUGCUGUCUGCGACGUUCAUCGACUUGGACGCUUCUGCUCAGAACGGUGACGGGGAAACCCAACAUGCCUCGCCCCUUAUCGUGGCUGGAACCAGGUCUGGCCACAUCGUCAUCUGGGAAUGCGCUCCCGUGUCAGGCCUCUGCAAGUUCAUCUCUGCUACACCGGUCAGCGACACGGGCAUCGAGAAGCUCUCGGCGACCACGGACGUUCGGGCAACGGGCGCCGAAGCACGAGCACGAAUUGCAUUCCAAGAUGGGUCCAGCGUGCGAAUGUGUGAUCUUCAGGUCACAGGGGAGGAGGUCUCGGUCUUGUUGUCGACGGCAACGCCGGUCCAGUCCCAUCAUUGUCAGAUCACGGCGGCGCACUGGCAUGGUCAUCUCUUUGUCUACGCAACAAUCGGGCGAGUGCACGCCCACGACGCACGCACCGGACAGACAGCGACUCUCUCACUGCAUACGGAGGCAGACAGCAAACUCGAUCCUUAUUCACCAGUCAUCAGCAUCUGCGACAUCUCCAACAGCAGCAGGAGCGUCAAGGUCGUCCUUCAAGACCUUCGCGAGUACCACAUAUCCUUGCAAUCAGCAGGCACGGACGUGCUUCCUAUAUACCCGACCAAGCUCACAGGAUACCCACCGCUAACCGAGGCUUUACAACGCAAGCACGACCUCUACCAAGCCUUCUUGGGCUACGAGACCGAGUCUGGCUCCAGCCUCUCUGCUGCUUCUAUUGUGGGCGCAGUCCGCACGAAUGACCGAGUCGCUUUUCUUGGCUACGACGUCUCGGACACCAUCUCAUACCAGCUUGAAAUCGCCAAGUCGGGUAGGAUCGCUCCGGCGGCGGUGCUAGACGAGGCGCUGCAGAGAGCCUCUGCGGGCACCGUGCCAUAUCUUCUGGUGCGCAUAAUCCUGGCUCUCCUGCACACAUCGCAGCAGCCGGCGGCCUUCCGCGAUCAACUUCUGUCCGCAGUGAAGGAGCGCUGGAGGACAUUGAUUAGUGCGCACGUCGAUCCGAGCAACGGAGCUCAGCAACGGCUUCUGUACCUGCUGGUGUGCCGUCUGGACGACCUGCUUUCGGAUAAGGCGCCACAAAUGGAGACCCUGAAAAAGCAGUAUCGAGCCUCCGUCUUGAGAUCAUGGAUCCAUCGAUGGCGCUCCGAUCUCUCGCAGCGGUCAAGCACAGAUGACGAGAAUCAACGAUUGCUCUCCCGCCUCACCGCCGCCUUCAAUUUGCUGCCGGACGCAGCACAGCACACUACCGGAGUAACACCAACAGACGAGACGUGCGCAGCGUGCCAGUCCCCGCUUACACUCUCCUGGGACGACCAGAGGCAAGACCUCGGCUGGACAAAGUGUUCCAGAGGCCACGUGUGGCCUCGCUGCUCGGUGAGCUUGGCCACCAUCUCGGACCGCGAGGUGCGCGUCUGCUCGGGCUGCUGGGCCAAGGCGCGACUUCCGGAAGGGUCGGAGGGCGCUUGGCAGAAGGAACUGCUCGAGGCUGCGGCAGAGUGUUUGUACUGCGGCGGGUUGUGGAUUGUUAGAUAA